GGAAAAUAUAUCAGCUGUUAUUUCGUGCUACCCCAAGUUAAGCCCCCUUUGUGUAUAUCACACAAAUUUCUUCUGCUUUGUAGUUUACAAGGAACAAAGUAGGUCCUCUUGUGAACCUAGUAGUGACUCACUCAAAACAUGCCGCAACAGCAGCAAUGACUGGGUACUGAUGACUGAAAUGGAAACAAGAAUUCUAUAGCAAAUUUAAAGCUCGAAAGUUCCACGAUAACCGUAUUGCAAGUGUUUUCUUAAACGUUGCAUUUCGUUUUCCGGUACAAGUAUGCCUAGUAGUUUACUUUUUGCCAAUAGCAGCGAAGGUAGAGUAUAUACCUUAUCAACUAGUUCGGCAGCAUGGAGGGAGUUCCCCUACAAUGGCUUGGAAUUCAAGAAAAUCUCAGCUGUUCCCAAUUUUAUGUGGGCUAUUGGUGGUGAUCGUCAAGUAUAUGUUCAUGUUCACGGUCUGGAUGUGCCCAUACGAGUAAAAGAAGAAUCAUACGAAAAUGAACGUUGGUUGCCCAUUGAAGGGUUUUCCAAAACACUAUUGCCCACAGAUCGUUUUAAAUAUUCCUCUGCCGAUGGCCAACAAGAUCGAUCUAUCGAAAAAAUACGUCUACCAUCAAUGGCAUGGCAAUGGGAUGGUGAUUGGCAUCUGGAAUUGGAUUUGGAUGGAAAUUCCCUUGGUGAGGAUGGUUGGAUGUAUGCUCUAGACUUUCCAGCUACAUAUUCGGCAAAGAAAUCUUGGAAUUCGUAUGUAAGGCGACGUAAAUGGGUAAGGUUUCGCCGCUAUAGUGCUUUAAAUUGUUGGUGUGCUGUGGCACCAUUACACAAAGACCCCACACAGGAGCCUUUUACCGAUGUGGCAAUAGGCGGCACAAAUAUACCUAAUGCUGCCACUGGUACAUUAGUCGUUUGGGCUAUUACAGCUCAUGGCAGGGCUAUGUUCCGGAGCGGGGUUUCUGCCACAGCUCCCGAAGGACUCCGUUGGACAACUAUUCCAACUCCACCUACUUGCGAAUUAGCCCAACUUAGUGUUGGUCCAACUGGUCUGGUUUGGGCUGUGCUUUUCAACGGUCAUGCAAUUGUACGCUCAGGUGUAACCCGUGAAAAUCUUUCAGGCGACUCCUGGUUAGAUGUUAAGGCACCAUCUCAUGCCAAUAACCAAGAACCCGCAAGCGGUUUAAAAAUAGUUCAGAUAUCAGUUGGCACAAAUGCUGUUUGGUGUGUUUGUAAUGAUUGCAGCGUAUGGUUUAGACGAGGCAUUAAGGGCGAUCUGGCUGGAGUAUGUGAAGACGCUGCUAUUGGCAGUGGUUGGGUCGAAAUGAUAGGAAAUAUAUCUAUGGUUUCGGUUGCUGCGAAUGAUCAGGUAUUCGCUAUUGGAUCUGCUGAUCGAGCUCUUUACUACCGCUACGGUGUUACGCCAUCAGAUCCAACGGGGAAAAAAUGGCGCCUAAUUCAAUUGCCAAUGCAAAUUAGCCGUACUUCAAGUUCCAUGUCAAUAGCUUCUCGCCGAAGCGGUAGUUCAUCAACACCCGGUUCGAAACAGCAAAGUUUUUCUAACCUUUAUAAUAAAGAAAAAGAAAAAGGUGUUGUGGAAACAUGUGCACCAAUAGAAAAUGUUGUGACUGGAAAUAAUUGCAAUAACGGACCACCAUCCAGGCUAAAAGGUGAACUCUAUCGGCAUUACUCAGAUUCACCACCCAACAUUGGAAGUCUGAAUUUGAAUGAACGUCACAAGAAACGUACUUCUGCGUUAAGAGAACUAACCCAUGCUUCUAGUGCCCCUGGAACAACUGAGGUGGCCGAAGUUAGUGGCAAAGCAUACGAAACACAUUUAAAAAAUCCCAGAGCGUGGUCCCCGGUGCGUAGCGUUGGUUCUAUGGUAGGCACCGAGGCCCACCCUGAAAGUGAUUCAACCGUAUUUGAUGCUGACUCUACACACCAUGGCUCCGAUGCAUUUCUGGAUGACGAUGAUCAUGCGGGAUCCCAAUUUUGGACCGAAUGCGAAGUUAUGUGGUCAUACUUAACAGCUGGAGCUGUUAGCAUUAACCCGAGUAAUUUACCAAAUUGGUUCAAUGAUCAAAGUUCUUCAACAGAUAGCCAUAUUAAUGUAGACUCGGCUUGGCGGAAAGAUAUUGUGGAAAAACUGCGGAAACGACAAGACAAAUUUAAUACAUUAAUAAGUCAGGCGAGAUAUGAAAAGGCAGUCGAACUUUCAUCAUGGAUAAAAUCUGCUGAAGCGCGCUAUCAACGUCCUGGUACUCUGGAUUUUGAAGAUUGUCUAAUUGAACUGGAGUGGGUGAGCGGCAGCUCCGCCACUACGCCCACAUCUCAAAAUCCUACAAUUCAAAAGGAUUCUGAUUCUGGAACAUUUACCGUACUAAACCCUGAUGGCGUAACAGCCAAAAUUCAAUUCUCUUUAUCGGCCAUAACAUGUGUUAUGUGUUGCAGUGAACCUGCCUCCCCACGACUAGCUAUACAUGUAACAAGCCUUGUAAGUUCUAAUUGCUCUCCAGUUCGUCUACUCUUCUCCAGUGAUUCUGAAAUGGAAGAUUGGCUUUCUCAUCUAACAUCUGUAUGUUGCCAAAUAAAUGAAGUCGUAGCGAAACCUGCAAACAAUUCUAUAUGGGCCACCACCGAACUGGGUGAUGUUUUUGUCUUCGAUCCGGCUAAUAUGAAAAGUCAACAGUGGGAAAGUGCAACAAAUAGUUAUAAGCAAGAAAUGGAUGUUAGCACCCUGGAAACUCCAUAUUAUAAUACGCUACAUAAUGGAAUGCCUUGUGGAUCCGAACUAAUAAUUUCCGGCUGUGUUUAUGAUGACGCUGAUCAAAUACGUUUCGAUUUGCAAUGCCAUUCGUCCCUUAAGGUUGGGGUAAAAUUUGAAAAACACCGUGUCAUUGCUAUGCACUUGAACCCAAGGUUUAAUGAAAAAACAAUUGUUUUUAACACCAUGGAAAAUUCUGAGUGGCAGAACGAAACGAGAUAUGAUAAGAUGGUAUUCGCACCAGGCACAACUUUUACAUUGAAAAUAAGAGCGCUGGAAAGUCAUUACGCUGUUAUGGUAAAUAAUUCAUAUUUUGUGGAUUACAAAUACAGAGUGGACCCAGACUCUGUAACAUGUCUAUAUGUGAGUGGCCGAGUUAAACUUUUCAAUGUCACGUAUCGCUGCCCAAAUGUUAUACUCAACCCCCAGUUAAUGUUUUGGAGACAAGUUGGCGGACAUAUAAAGAAAGUGUUUAGCUGUUCUGCUGGCGUGGUUUGGGGCAUGACAUGUGAUAAUACGGCAUGGGUAUACAAUGGGGGUUGGGGAGGUAAUUUUUUAAAGGGACUUGAGGGUAAUGUUGGUAAAAUUAAUCCCAUGAUAGAUACACAUAACUAUUAUGUGUAUGAAAACCAACGCUGGAAUCCUAUAAGCGGUUUUACCACAAAAAGCUUACCGACAGAUCGCUUUAUGUGGAGCGACGUAACCGGACGGCAAAAACGAAGUAAGGAGCAUACCAAACUUUUGUCAUCACAUUAUGAAUGGAUUUCCGACUGGGCUAUUGAUUAUAAUAUACCCGGUGGUUGUGACAAAGAAGGAUGGCAAUAUGCUAUUGAUUUUCCAGCCACUUAUCAUGCUCAAAAACGCCUAACAGAUUGUGUAAGGCGCCGUCGUUGGCUGAAGAAAUGUCGUCUUGUUACAAGUGGGCCGUGGCAGGAGCUAAGCCAUUCGAAAAUACUCGAUGCCGCUUUGCAAGUUUUACCAACGGACAGUAACAGCGUUAAUAGUGAGAGUAUAGAUGAGAUUCCAAUAUGUGCCUGGGCCAUAGCAUCUAAUGGUGAUGUACUAUAUCGACAUGGUGUAACUUCCUUGAAUCCUAAAGGCGAAAAUUGGGAGCAUAUACCCAGCGAGCAGCCCCUGGUUGCAAUUAGCAUAACUCCGGCAGGUCAAGUAUGGGUUUUGGGCAAGAACGGUUCUAUAUUUUAUCGUUAUGGUAUUACCAAAUUAAAUCCCUUGGGAGAUGCAUGGCAGCCGAUCGAUGCUCCAAGUGGAACAAAAUUUAAAGCCAUUUCGGUUGGCCAAGGUGGUGUAUGGGCCCUAGAUAUCACAAAUCGAUUGGCUGUACGCAAAGAAAUAACCAAAACAUUCCCUGAAGGCUCGCACUGGCAAUUUCUGCCCAAUGUGGCAAAUAUACCACCACACACUGAUACUCACUUGGGCUUUAAGGCAAUAUCUGUGGGGGCGGAGGUGUGGGCGGUCGCCAUGAAUGGUGUACUUUGCAGACGCUGCGGAAUUACCAAAGACAAUCCAGCUGGUGCUGGCUGGAGUAUGGGUAUUCCGGGUCAAUGGCAUCACUUGUCGGUAGCUGGUUUUUCAUAAAGAAAGUAUGAACAUAAUAUGAAAAAAGUCACGUAAUUUUUGGCUCGUCUUCGCUUUUGUGUAUAUAUUCAAGUUUAAGUAUUUUCAAUAACAAUGAAUAAUAGUUGCCUACACGUCUUUUUUGUGUAGAUCCCUUCACACAAGAUUUUCGUAUAAAUUCUAUAAUUUAAAUGACACUUAAACUUUUGUAAAUUCAUAAAAUGAAGAUGAGUUCAAUGUUUGAACUUUUUGCUAAGCUCAUCGUAUGUCACACUCAUACUCAGAUACUAAUCUUUUUUCUUACGGUCCGUGCCCCUUCUUUUCAAAUACUUCAGAGAUGAUUGCAGACCGAUAGAUGAUUGAUCUCUCCACAUUCCAUAGCUUGUUAUAUUCUUUAAUUUAUUUGCAUAAUGUGAAAAUUAUUUAUAAGAAAUUUACUGCUUAGACUGUUUAGUUUAUAAAUAAAAAUUAUAUUAUUCUCUAUAAUUUUUUUGCCAAAUACCAUACAAGAACAACUUCAUAUGGAGUUAAAAUAAUAAUAUAUUUAAACGAAUAAGGAAAUGAACCGCUAUUUAUUACAAUGGAGGGUAUGUAUUAAUAAAGAAAACAUAUGCGCAUAUACCAUAUACCUUAUCAAGCAGUACACACCACAUAUGUUAGAAAUCAGGCUAAA